GUUUGCUCCACGGCGCCAGCGCCCACAUCCCGCAGACGAGAUCCAGGCCGCGUUUGCCCAGCAGCGGGGCGCGAAGAGCCAGGACGCUCACGGCUGCGUUUGCACGCAGCAGCUAGGCAAGAGAGGCGGGGCGCGGUGCCGGCAGCAAGAGCAGAAAAGAAAUACGAGAGAGAAGGAGCGGGAGAAAGAGGAGGGGGUCCCCCUGCUGUCAACUCCCGUGAGCGCUCGAGAAUGUGGAGGCGGGACGGCGCCCAGGGGGCCGCCGCCCCGGCGUCCACCCAGCUGGAGCCUGGGGCGGCCCUCGCGCGGCUCAGCCCUCGCGCGCGCAGUGCGGGCGAAAGCUCCCGGCAGCAGCCUCCCUGAUGGACCCUGCCCGAGAACAGCAUGGGAGGCAAGACGCGACGAGAGGAGACGUGAGGGCAAGGACUGACACGUCAGGCGUUCUCUGAGUUGCGCCGUAGCGCCGUUGCAACCUGGGCGUAGACCUCGUUGCGCCAGGCCAAGAUGUCGUCCUUGCUCUGGCCGGCCUCGAAGCGCAUGUAGCACGAGCGUGCCAGGCGCUGCGCGGCGAGCGCGCUCCCGACCUUCUUCUCGGUCACCUGGAAGUGGAUGUCCGUAUCCCCAAGGGUGUAGCGGAACAUGCUGACCUCGUUGCUCCUGCACAACCGCACCCGCUCCCAUGCCUCGUGCCCUGCCGGAGCGUCCUCGGGCAGCAAGUCCAGCACCGCGCGCGCGGCGGCCGAGAGGCCGCCACAGCUGCCAGCGCCGCCGGUGCUGCCGACGCUCUGCGCCACGUGCGUGGACGGGGCGGGGUAGGAGGGCGGCGCGAAAGUGCCGCGGUCGGUCUUGAGCCGCACCUUGCGGGAGGCCCUCAUCACCGCCAACAGCCCAACCGCCCGACCUCUUCCUCCCUCCAAGGUCCCCCCGUCAGAGGAGGGGGACGGGAGGGGGGUAGGCGGAUCGAAUUUGGUGGUCGUGGCGGUGAUCUCCUGACCUUGGUGGCCUCGGAGGCAACCCCCUUGGAGUCGAGCGCUUUGAUAAAAGAGCUCAGCUGCGCGCUGCUGUCCCAGCCCGUCUGCGGAUAACGCACGAGCUCCAGGCCCUCCACCUUGACCAAGGCUUCCGUGGCCCUGAGGAUGCCAAGCACCGGCGCCUGCGAGAGGUCCACGACCCGGAGCAGCGGAGCGCACGGCGAGGUGAAGAGCGCCUGCAGCCGCCGGGCCGCGCCCGUGGAGCCUCCCUCGCCCGCCGAAUCGGGGCGCAGCAGGUAGUGGCAGCCCCUGCGGGCCCGGCCCUGCAGCGAGGACUCUGCGUACUCGAAGGUGUGGAGGAGCUGUGGCAGCAGGUGCCUGGCCAGCAUCUGGAGCUCCCUGGCGCACCGCGCCGCCCGCAUGCCGGUCGCAGCCCCCGCGAACAGGAGCACGCUGCACCAGGCAUCGGCAGGCAGGCUCGUGCACAGCAGCCGCCCCUUGCGCCUGGCAGCGGCGGCCUUCUGCUUGGCAGCCACGAAGCUGUCAGCCUCUGCCAGCGCCUCCUGCAAAUUGCCCGAGGCCGCCACGGUCUCCCACUCAGCCCUCUGCCGCUUCGGCUUCUGCUGCACGUCGCCACCCCCGCCGCGGGAGAAAGCCACCAACUUCAGGUGCCAAUCACGUCGCAGCUCCUCCGCCGCGUAGUCCAGCGCGAGGCGGUUCUGCAUCACUGCCUUGGCAACAAGGUCCCAAUCCGCGCGGAGGCUCUUGGAGGCCUCCUUGAGGAGAAGACCGUCAUGCUGCACCACCUGCGCCAUAAAGCGGAAGCUAUUCCGCAAGUGCUCUGGCGCGUGCGCCCACAACUCUGGCCGGUGCCGCGUCGCUUGGAUCAUGAACUUCUCGUUGGACAGCAGGGCCUCGGGUAGCUGCGCCCAAAGCGCAGGACACUUUUCAAGCGCGCGCAACAUGAAUGUUGCUUUAUGCCGGAAGCGCCCAGGCGCGAAUUGCAGCACAUUGUUGUUGCGACCGAUGGCUUCUAACACAAACUCGGGAUCAUCGCGCAGGCCGUCCGGAGCAUGCACGAAGGCAGACGCCCUGAGCUGUAUCGCCUGCAACAUGAACUGCGGGUCACUGCAGAGAGUGGCUGGGGCGCGCUGCAGUAUCGCCAUGACUCGCUGUUGUACCGCCUGCAGCACGAAGCCGCGGUGAGAGCAGAGCUGCUCGUCCAAGUAAUCCAGGACCCGUCCGUUCACCUUCAAAUCCGCCGACGCACCAGGCGGCAUGCGAGAUUCGACGAGCGAAUCGAACGCACGCCCGAUGGACGCGACACCACACCACACUGCAAAUCGACGCGGAACGACCCUAAACACCACGGCCCAGCAAAUCACGACACGACUCUGGCAUUCCGAGGGCGUGGAUCCACUCACGUCAUUGGUGGAACAUCUCAGCAAUUAGCCCG